AUGGCUUCACCAUUCCUCGAAAGGGGCCUUGUAUGGCUUCCGUACUUUAUUGCUAGUCUCUUUACCUGGUUAAUUGUCUCCUCUAUUGUCUCUUGGUAUCGUCUUCGGCAUAUCCCGGGUCCUUUUGCCGGCAAAUUUUCAUAUUUAUGGGUAGCUUAUAUCACCAUCACCGGAACACAGCAUGAUCACUUGGUCAAUCUCAAUCGACGCUAUGGACCCAUCGUCAGAGUCGGUCCAAACGAGGUCCUGGUCGAUGACCCAGACUUGGUUCGAAGAGUCUCCAGCACUAAGAAUACAUAUACCAAAGGAAACUGGUAUCUCGGCGGCAAAUUCAAUCCAUAUCACGACCCCAUGUUCCAGAUAACAGACCCAGCCCAACACGAUCGCCUCAAGUCGAAGCUAUCUCCUGCUUACAGCGGACGCGACGCUCCCAGUCUCGAAGCCGUAGUCAACAGACAGGAGAUUUUCGUCCGAUGGGAGGGAACCAGAGUAUCACAUCUUUUUACACUAGAUGUUAUAUCGAAUCUAUCACUUGGUCGAGAAUUCGGGUAUCUCAAAGCUGACUCUGAUUUCCACGGGAUCGUCAAAGCGCUCAAUGAGCAUAUAUUGAUCAUGACGCUUGCGACAGAUAUUCCAUGGCUGAGGAAUUUAAUAUUUUCGCCCAUGUUUCUGAAGCUGUUUGGGCCCACUGAGAAUGACACCAAGGGAAUUGGCCCGCUAAUGAAAGUCGCCAAUACCAUUGUUCGUGACCGAUAUGCUCCUGAAGCCGAUGAUCAGCGCGAUAUGCUGGGCUCAUUUAAGAGACAUGGUUUGAGACUAGAGGAGUGUCAGGCUGAAUCUCUGUUCAUGUUUUUAGCAGGAUCAGAGACUACUGCCUCUGUGAUGCGGGUUAUUCUUCUCUACGUUAUUGCUUCGCCUCACAUAUAUCAGCGCCUUAAACAAGAGAUGGCGGAAGCAAUAUCCCAAGGUCGAGCUUCGAGCCCAAUCACAGAUGUCGACUCUCGACAAUUACCUUAUCUCCAGGGAGUAAUCUACGAGGGCAUCCGAAUCCGUCCAGCUACAACAGGCAUGUUCUUCAAAGACGUCCCAGCCGGUGGAGAAACGAUGCAUGGAAAAUACAUCCCACCUGGCACGUCAAUCGGCAUCAACGCUUCUGCCUUGUUACGCUCCGAAGCGCUCUUCGGCCCUGAUCCUGAAGUCUUCCGACCCGAGAGAUACCUUGAAGUCGAUAAAGAGACUAGUGCUCAGAUGAAGCGGGAUGUUGAGAUUGUCUUUGGGUAUGGGCGGUGGAUGUGCGCUGGAAAGCCUAUAGCGUUUAUGGAGCUGAACAAAGUUAUCUUUGAGCUUCUUCGGGUCUUUGAUUUUCAGCUCGUUGAGCCUGGAGUGGCGAUGAAGUCGGAGAGCUAUAUGGUAUUCCACGACGAAAGGCUGGUACUGAGGGUCACGGAGACAGUCCAUGAACAGGGGUAG